CUUGAAGACGAGGUAACCUCCUCUUCGUCUCUCUCACUCUUCCUUUCUCGAUUUGGCUCCCUCACUCUCAAAUGCCUGUGUUUGAGGGGAAGCAGCCGUGCCGUUGAAGCCCGUGGAAUACAAUCUAAAGUUCAGGUACAUUGCCAAUGUUGAUGAGGAUGUUGAUAGGGCAAAGACCACCAUGACUAGUACAAAUGCAAAACAAGCUCGGAGUCGUGUUUGUUUGGACAUCGGGAGGUUCUUCUUUGAAAAUGCAAUUCCUUUCAAUGUGGCAAGGAGUCCAUCAUUCAUCAACAUGUGUCGAUCAAUUGGUUCAUAUGGACGAGGCCUUAAACCUCCUACCAUGGAUGAAUUGAGAACAUGGAUUUUGAAGGAGGAGCUGGACACUUCUGAUAAAAUAGUUAAUGAUAUUAAGAAGACAUGGGCGCACACAGGGGUUUCAAUACUAUCUGAUGGUUGGACUGACAUUUCUGGGAGGACUUUGAUAAACUUUCUUGUGAAUAAUCCAAAUGGGACGGUGUUCUUGAGAUGUGUUGAUGCUUCUGAACAUGUGAAGGAUGCAGAUUUGUUAUUUAAGUUGCUUGAUGGCGUUGUUGAGGAAGUUGGGGAAGAGCUAGUGGUUCAAGUUGUGACGGACAAUGCAAGUAACUACAAAGCAGCAGGAAAAAUAUUGAUGGAGAAAAGAAAGCACAUUUAUUGGACUCCAUGCGCGACACAUUGUUUGGAUUUGAUGCUGGAAAAAAUUGGAGAGUUGCCACAACAUAAGAGAGCUGUACUCAAGGCCAAGAAAGUAAGCAAUUUCAUCUAUAAUCAUGCUUGGGUGUUGGCUUUGAUGAGGAAAUUUACAAAGAGAGAAAUCAUUAGACCAGCUGUCACUAGAUUUGCAACUUCUGUGUUGACUUUAAGAUGCAUGUAUGAGCUUAGACAACCUCUUGAAUCAAUGUUCACUUCACAACAAUGGGCGGGAUGUAAAUGGGCAAACACAAGUGAUGGCAAAGAGGUGAGGAAAAUAGUUCUUAAAGAUAAAACUUUUUGGCCUAGCGUGAGUUAUGCACUUAAAACAACGGAGUCGUUGGUGGAAGUGUUGAGACUUGUUGAUUCUGAGAAGAAGCCUGCUAUGGGUUAUAUUUAUAAUGCUAUGGAUAAAGCAAAGGAAGAAAUAGCGAAAAACUUGGGUGGAGAACUAGCAUAUUACAAGGAGAUUUGGGGCAUUAUUGAUGAAAAAUGGGAGUUCCAAUUGCAUCGUCCUUUGUAUGCUGCUGCUUAUUUCUUGAAUCCCGAGUUUCAGUAUCAAGAGAACUUCAUUUUUGAUGCAGAAGUGAAGGCGGGAUUGUACAAUUCAAUGAAAAAGAUCAUCCCUAAUUCAAAUGAUUUCCUCACUGCUGAUCUACAGAUGGAUGAUUUCCGAAAGAAACAAGGGCUUUUUGGGUACGAAAAUGCUAAGAGAUCGGUCUCAAAGCGUUCUCCAGUUGAUUGGUGGAUCAACUUUGGAGAUGAAGUACCAGAAUUGCAAAAGUUUGCAAUUAAAGUUUUGGGACUCACUUGUUCGUCAUCCGCAUGUGAACGAAAUUGGAGCACAUUCAAUCAAGUGCACACCAAAAAGAGGAAUCAAUUAACCACGAAGAAGAUGAAUGACCUAGUAUAUAUUUUGUAUAACAAGAAGUUGAAAGAUCGACAUUUAAAGCUUCAAGAGGUUACCGAAGAUCCUUUGGUUCUUGAUGACAUAGCUUCGGAUGAUGAGUGGGUUGCUAAUCCUCCUAAUCCAAAUGAUAUUGGAGAAGAAAUUGAAACUUCGAUACUGUAUCAAGAAGAGCAUAAUGUUAUUUGUGAUUCUCAAGGAUUGGAAGGAGGAGGUGGAGGUGGAGGUGGAGGUGGUGGAGCAAGCUGUGAUGGAAAUAGAGGAGCGAGUGGUGGUGGAGGUGGUGGAGCAAGAGCAAGUGGUGGAGCAAGCAAAAGGAAAAUGAGUAAAGGGAAGGAUAAAGAAACAAGACCAAUGAAAAAGAGUAAAGGGAAGGAUAAAGGAAAAGGGGUUCUCAUCCAUGAGGAAGAAGAGGAGGAAUUCCAAGAUGCUAGUAGUGAUGAGUUAGAUGGUCUACCUAUUCGAUUUGAGAAUGACUCUUUAGAUGAUGAAGCAAGUGAUGAAGAUGAUAUCAUGGAUGAGGAUGACUAUUAAUAUGAAGAGAAUAUGAAAACUAUGAACUUUAUAUUUGUUUGUGUGCUUUGAUUUGUUUUUUGCUUUGGUUUGUACUUUGUAUUAGACUUCUAAAUAUUGUUUGAUGAUUGCUUUGCUUAGACCUUAGAGCCUUGGACUUGAAUUGAUGAUGGUUAUUACUUAUUACUUAUUAGUUGUUACUUAAGACUUGAAUUGAUGAUAUUAUUUGGUGAUUUUUGAUGAUAUUAAUAUUAUUAUUGUUAUUUA